AUGAGAAAAUUUGUUUGGCACAUAGAUCUACUCAUAGGGAAGAUGGUGGGGGUUAGUAGGCCAACUCAUUGGUGGGAGAGACAUUUCGGACCAUAUGCUCUGGUUUGGUUGGUGAAAGACAAUUCUAAUUGGGGUCCUAAACCGUUUAAAUUUAAUAACGAGUGGUUUACUUUGGAUUCUUUUAUCCCUUUUGUGGAGGCGGAAUGGGUGGGGAUGGAAGUGGAAGGUAGAGGUGACUAUAUUUUAAAAGAAAAAUUGAAGAGACUUAAAGAGAGGCUUAGAUGGUGGAAUACUUUGGUUUUCGGGAAGAUCAACUUGGAAGUGGAGGAAUGUGUGAGGGUUAUCAAUGAGGGAGACAUUUUGUUGGAAGAUAUGGCGGAAGACCUUUUGCAUGAAUGUGUUGAUAGAAGGAAAGAUGCGGACAAGAGUGUUGUUAAAGAGAGAAGAAGGUACAAUCACUUAGGGCCGAUUAAUACAACGGACGGUAUAGUGGAGAAGGUGGAAGAUGUUAAGGAGGAAGUUCGUAAGCAUUUUUCGAAAAAAUUUGAGGAGAUGGAUACGGAUAGAUUGAAUUUAGAUGGAGUGGAUUAUAAGUGCAUUAAUUCCGAUGAUAGAUUAUUCCUUGAAAAUCCUUUCUUGAAGAAGAAAUUAAGGAGGCUAUUUGGAAUUGUGGGAAAAGAUUUUGUUCGGUAUUUCAACCAUUUUCUUAGUGGCGGAACUAUUUCAAAGGCGGUUAAUUCCUUUUUUUUGUCUUUGAUUCUGAAAUGUCCCAACCCGGUGGACUUGAACGACUAUAGGCCAAUUUGUUUAGUGGGGUGUAUGUAUAAGGUGAUAUCUAAACUUUUGGCGGGAAGAUUAAAAAAAGUUUUAAGUUCGAUAGUUUCUCUUUGUCAAAGUGCUUUUGUGUCGGGUCGGCAACUUCUUGAUGGAGUUUUAGUGGCUAAUGAAGUUGUGGAUUUUGCAAAAAAGGAAGGAAGGGGUUGUCUCCUAUUUAAGGUGGAUUUUGAAAAGGUCUAUGAUAAAGUUUCUUGGAAUUUCUUAAGAUAUAUGUUGGUUAGAAUGGGUUUUGGGGUGAUUUGGAGAAGGUGGAUGGAGAUGUUGAUUUUUCAAAGUAGUAUGUCCGUCUUAGUGAAUGGUAGUCCGACAAAGAAAUUCGAAGUUGAGAAGGGGUUGAGGCAAGGUGAUUCUUUAUCGCCGUUUCUUUUUGUUUUGGUGACCGAGGGAUUAGCGGGUCUUGUUAAGAAAUCCGUUGAGAUUGGGGAAUUUCAAGGUUUUGGGAUAAAUGGGAAUUGUGUGGUCGUUAUUCUACAAUUCGCGAAUGAUACUCUUAUUGUUGGUGAAAGAAAUUGGAGGCAUGUUUGGGCUAUUAAGACGGCUUUUAGAGCUUUUGAGUUGGUUUCGGGGCUUGAAAUUAAUUACCACAAGAGUAAACUUAUCGGGAUCAAUGCUAAUAAUAAUUUUUUGGAGGCGGCUUCUUGCGUUUUAUCUUGUAGAUUGGAGGAAUGUCCUUUUUCUUUUCUUGGUAUUUUUGUAGGUUGUAAUCCGAGGAAAUUUGAAUCUUAG